AUGCUAUUUAAGCGAGCAAAUCGCUGGGGGCGAUUUGAGAGACGGGUCUCGUCUAGAAAGGGCAUACUCAGCAGCGGACAAAUGACUUGCGCGUGUCCCAAUUGGGUAAAAAGGUUGCAAAAUGGGAAAUGA